UCAAUUAGAAAUUUACCGAAUUAAUGUGUGAAUAAUAUAUAUAUAUCAAAUGAUAUUAUAGGACUUUAUAGUUUGUAAAGAAAAUAUGAUGGAACUAUCGCGUGAAGCAUUUCGUUCAGUAGGACGGUUUUGGAGGGCAAAUAUGUAAGAUUUUUAAUUGAAUUUUAAAUAACUAGAAAAUAAUUUCGAACAUUGAACAAUAAAUUUUAAUAAACACGAAAAAGAAGAAAUGAGAAUUCCUAAAGCAUUAAGUCCCCGCCUUCAAAAGCAAUUGCUAAGACGUUUUGGUAUAUAUGACAAAGUUCAUCCAGCAGAAACAACACCCAGCAGACUAGUUCCUGAACAUAUUGAAAAGCCCGACUAUAUACUAGGAAAAUUAUUAAACACUAGUAAAAAACCUGAAAUCAAAAAUGAAGAACAAAUAAAAGGAAUGAGAAAUAGUUGUAAUGUUGCAGCAAAUAUAUUGAAAAUAGUGCAACCAUUUGUUCAGCCUGGUGUAACAACAGAUGAUAUAGAUGAAUUAGUGCAUACAUUAAGUUUAGAAGCUGGGGCAUACCCUUCUCCUUUGCAUUAUAAGGGAUUUCCCAAAAGUGUUUGCACAUCCGUGAACAAUGUUGCAGUUCAUGGCAUUCCUGAUCUUCGGCCGUUACAAAAUGGAGAUAUAGUCAAUGUUGAUAUAACUGUAUUUUUUAAAGGAUACCAUGGUGAUUGUUCUAAGACAUUUCUCGUAGGUGAUGUUGAUGAUCAUGGCUUACAUCUUGUGCAUGCUACAGAAGAUUGUUUAAAUCAGGCUAUAAAAAUAUGCGGUCCGGAUGUGCCUUUUUGUGACAUCGGCUUCAGAAUACAUAGGAUCGCAAAAAGACAUAAGCUCACUGUUCUACCAGCUUUUGUUGGUCAUGGAAUUGGAAAAUAUUUUCAUGGUCCACCUGAAAUCUACCACACACAAAAUAGAUAUCCUGGACUAAUGAAGCCAGGAAUGACGUUCACUAUUGAACCUGUUCUGUCUCAUGGUAGUGAAAAUACGAUACUAUUAGAGGAUGGGUGGACUGUCACCACUGAGGAUGGUGCAAGAGCAGCUCAAGCAGAACACACUAUUUUAAUUACUGAAGAUGGAGCUGAAAUACUAACACAAUAGUUUUUUUUUUUAAAUAGUAUAUUAUUAGUAAAAAUAAAUAAUUUAUG